AUGAGGAUGAAUCCUCUCAAAUGUGCUUUCGGGGUGACGGCUGGGAAGUUCCUCGGGUUUCUUGUACAUAGGCAUGGUAUCAAGGCAGAUGAAGACAAGGUCAAAUCUAUCAGAGCAAUGCCUCCCCCACAUUCUCAGAAGGAGUUAAAGAAGUUCCUCGGGAAGGUGUCUUAUAUUCGGAGGUUUAUCCCAGUACUUGUAGAGAUCUUUGCCCCUUUUGGCUCAUUAUUAAAAGGAGAUGCCAAGUUCGAGUGGAACCAAGAGCACCAAAAGGUCUUCGAGAGAAUCAAGGCGGCCUUGAUCUCGCCUCAGACCAUGAUAGCCCCGCAGCCCGGGGUGCCUCUAAUGUUGUACCUAACCUCAACCCCCAAGUCCAUAGGGGCAUUAUUAGUCCAAGAUGUAGAUGGAGCAGAAUGCCCGGUCAAGCCUGCUCUAAUCGGGAAGGUGGCAAGAUGGUUGUUAGCACUGGGUGAAUUCAAGAUCACAUGUGUAGCUCCUAAGGCAAUCAAAAACCAAGCCUUAGCUGAUCUCCUUGCCCAAUUUCCAAGUGGUGACUAUGAACCAGUGAAUGAAGAACUAAGAGGAGAAGUGCAUGCAGCUAUGGUUUCUGAGGAAAGCUUUUGGACAUUAAGCUUUGACGGAGCAGCAGCCAGAGGGAAAGGAGGAACUGGGAUAGUCCUUACAAGCAAAAAUGGAGAAAAGUUAUAUUUGUCUUAUAAACUGGAUUUCCAUUGUUCAAUUAAUGAAGUCGAGUAUGAGGCUCUUAUUUUAGGCUUAAUAGCAGCUGAGAAGCAUAGUAUCAAGAAGAUUCGAAUUCGGGGGGGACUCAAAGUUGAUAGUGAAAAGGUCGAAAUAGAGCAUGUGCCUCGCUCCAACAACAAGUUUUCAGAUGCCCUCGCAACAUUAGGGGCAAGAGUUAAUAUUCUAGAGGAGGAGGCGACAAUUGUUAUCAAGAAGAGAACAGAGCCUUCAAUAAUUCCCGAGGACAAAGACCUUCCGGAGGACUGGAAAGGAGAAGUCCUCGAACAACUCAGAAGCAAAGUUGGAAAACUGACUAGGGCCAAGCUUGCCCAAUUCAUAAUUAUUCAAGUCUACAUUGACUAUCUCAAAGAGGGGACACUACUUGAGAGCCCGAGGGACAUUGCACACCUCAAGAGGAGAGCGAGGCGGUACUUUCUUGAUCAGAACAAGCUUUACAGAAGAAGUAUUGAGGGCAUUGCCCCGAGAUACGUCCCAUCACGUGAUGAGGUGCCAGACUUGUCAGAAACACAAAAAUUUGAUCCAUGCUCUAGUCGUAGACCUGCACAGCAUCCGAAUGCCAUGGCCGUUCCAUACUUGGGAUUUCGAUCUGAUAGGGCCCAUCUCCACACCUUCAAAGGGGUACAAGUGGAUUCUUGCAGCUACGGAAUUGAGCACAAAGUGGGUCGAAGCAAUCCCUCUGAAGAACGCUACGGGGCCUGCAGUCGCGAACUUCAUCAAGGAAAAUAUCAUUUGCCGGUUCGGAGUACGGAAUACCAUACUCUUGGACAAUGGCACACCUUCUUAAACAAAUAUAUGAAGAGCCUCCUAGAGACUUACCAAGUGAAGCAUCACAAAUCCACACCCUACUAUCGAAAAGGAAACGGGCAAGCGGAGGCCACAAACAAGACACUAAUAAGGAUUCUGAGCAAGAUGAUUGAUGAAUUUGGUGGGAUAUGGGCAUAUCACAACUUAAAAAGAAAGCCAACUCAAGCAACUCCUUACUCCCUUGUGUAUGGGUCUGAGGCAGUGUUACCUAUAGAGUUGGAAACACCAUCUGCUCGGAUGGCUCUCACCUCGGGGAUGGUGCUGGAGCCUCGAACCACUAGAUUGGAAGCAUUAGAGGAAAAGCACGAUAGAGCCGCAAAAGUCAUGGAAAGGUAUCAUGAGUCCAUUGCUUGA